UACUAUCAGUUUUUACGUAGUUGCCGCCUUGAUACGUCGUGGUUAUUUAAAUAUAUCUUUCUAAAGAUCUAUUUUGAUUUUUAUAAGUCACUGUUGUCUGUUUGUUUCGAACAAUCACUAUUGAUGAGUACGAUGACUUCAAGGACCCAAAUGGAAUUGGAAGAAGACAAGUUUAAAUGGAACGUUGGAGUAAAUUUCCUGAACAUAAUAUCUGUACUGUUCAACAAUUGGCCAGAAAUGAGAUCCGUUGUUGAUGGUCUCCCAGAAUUUCAACGCAAGACUUUGAAUAAUGAUAUAAGGAAAUUAAUUAAGAACGUAUUCGACUGUAUUUUGAUAUAUGGUAAAGAUUGUAAUGAAAAACUAACGGAUCAAAUCAUAAAAGGUAUGAAUGAUGACUUUCAUUUGAUAAUUGAAGAUUUUUCUGCCAAGGAGAUAAGUGCAUAUAUUUUAUAUAUGUAUGCUAAAUGGUUUUAUGCAGAAGAUUUUACGGAAAACCGCCUACAAGUUAUAGCAGAAAUCAAGAAUUUUUCAAAACCAGAUCCUAUUGUAGAAUUUGAAGAUCUUCCAAGUUAUAAAAUAGCCUCAGAAACUGAAGAGAUUAUGGUUUAAAAUUAAUGUUUGCAUUAAUAAAAACUUAGUAUUAAUCAUUA